GGCGCGACCUGAGCGCGCCCGGCCGCCGGCCGUCGCGGUGCCGCUCCGCCAGCGAGCGCAGCACCACCAGCGAGCCGGCGAUCGGCCGGCGCGGGGUGUCGCGCGUGCCGCCGCGCAACAUCGAGACCAUCGCCGAGAUCCGGGAAACGGGCGAGGAGCGGGCGAUCGUGGAGACGACGCGGGAGGAGGCCGGCGACCAGCUGCAGAAGGAGACGGUGCGCCGCGAGGUGCGCAGGAAGGUCUGCAGCGCGCCCCACCCCCGACAGAUGUCGUACACCAAGCAGAAGUCGCGCCGGUCCGUGUGCAGUGAUGGCGUCACCGACUGGCUCGAGUCAGGGGCCGACGACACGUACCUCAAGGUCGAGGGCAAAGAGGCGGACGUGUUCGACUACCUGCGCCGCGAGUUCCCCUACGUGCAUCUGUCGGCCGAGACCAAGCGUCGCCUGAUGACGCAGUACCGGCACCAGAUGAAGUACAUUAUGAGCCUGGUGGAGCCCGUCGAGUCGAGGAAGAUCAAAAUACGGCGUAAGGACGUGCUGAAGCGGCAGGCGCUGCUCACCGACAUCAUGCACCAGCACAAGGCGCACGACCAGCGCUUCCAGCAGAUGGCCAACUGCAAACGGCGCGAGGCCAAGAUCCGGAACAUGCCGCGGGACAGCAAGAUCUCGUGUCUGCGGGCGCAGCGGUACGUCAGCUCGUUCCAGCAGCAGUUCCAGUCGCGCUCGGCAUUCAACAAGAGCAAGGAGGAGCUGCUGUUACGUGCCGUGUUCGAGGAGAUGCUGGAGAUCCAGCGCUGCCGGUUGCGCUCCGUGCGCAAGCUGGAGAAGCAGGCCAUCCAGAAGUUCUACGACGCUGACGGCUACACGAGCGACCUGAACCGCAUGCAUCAGUACUACGAGGCCAACUUCCGGGACCUGGCGGCGCUGCUAGCGCGCGAGCGGGCCGACCUGAUGCUGGCCGAGAAGCAGCAGACGCGCCUCAACGACCGCAUACGGCGCGAGUUCCGAGACUACAUGGAGGCGGACGUGCGCAGCCUCAACGACAAGAUUGUCAACAGUUGGCAGCCGCAGUUCAGGGAGCUGGACGCGGACCGGGUGCGCAGUGAUCUGUACCAGGCCAACUGGAAGUUCUGCGUCACGUAACCGAGCCGGUCGCCGCCGUCGUCCGAGCCGA